UAGCGGCAUUUGGCUAGUUUGAUUUGCGUUGUUCGAUUGGUGAGGUUAUUUUGUUUUGUACGGUAGUGCGCGUAAUUGAAGUUGGUAUGUGCGAGAACGUUAAAUACAUCGCUUUCGAAAAUAUUAAGUGGAAUUUAAUAAUAUUUCUUCAUAUGAAUCUUAAAUAAUACUAUUCAGAUUCGAUGCGGAUCUUAUGCGCUUACGCGGUGCUUUUGUUUACAUUUGCUAGCUAGUGCGGUAUUGUGAUUUCAAGUAAAUUUUUAGCAAUACGACACAUUUAUAUGCCAAAUAAAUUUUGACAUCAUGCCAAUCUUUGUAAUGGAACCGAUAUAUCAAAUGUGCUAUUGUUAUCGAGACUUAAUUAAAAAGCCUGUGAAUAGAAAAUAAGUGUCACGCUGAAAUAAAGUACUUGAUCAAAUGAAUCAAGCGACUAACGAAUUUCGAUCAAGUGAAGUCCACCUACACAUAUAACAAAAAUAUAUUUGUGACAACAUCCGCUUACUACGAAACCGUUUUUGUGUAGUUUUACUAAGCUGUAUUUGUGUGUGUUUGCUUUUGUCACAAUUGAUCGCAUUAUUAAUUGCAGCCAUAAUUUGCCAACAUAAAUUCAAUUAAACUUACUAAUUGCUCCAUUCGCCCAACUUUUGUUAAGUGAAUAUGUAUGAGCUAGACGAAAGAUAAUUGCAAGUGUCACGCUACUUUAUGAAAAAGGUCAAUUACAAAUAAAAGAAAAAAACAAACGUACAUAACUACAUAUGUUUUUGUGUAAACAUUUGUGUUGGUAAGUGUGUUGGGCAAAUUUUGUGUAAAUUGAAAAAAAGAAAGUGCCGGAAAAAUGUAUACGAAACGCCCACCUAUUAAAGAGCUCCAUCCUAAACGUAAAGUAAAUUGCUGUCAGGAGUCGAAUUUAGUGUUGCUGCCUUGUGCUGUAAGUAGAAAACAUGGUGGUAUAGGUGCCCCAAUGUAUGUGACAUUUUUGAUAUUGUGUUGCGCCAGUAAUUUCGAUCUGGCCAAAGCGCGGGCGUCUGGUACGAACCCUGCCGCCACAGCAGAUAUAUCUGCUACGACGCUUACAGCAUCAACUGCACAUGCGAAUCACAAGCAACAUCAUCGUAGUACACUACAAUACGCGCACAAUAAUUUUACCCAUUUGCAAGAAAGAAGUGCAACGGAUUUUACGGUGGAAAAGGGUGGCGUUAGCGCUGGUAGCAGUAUGCCAGAUGUUGCGGUACCUUUGGCGGCUCGUACGCCAGAUGCCCGAACAAAUGCAGGUUGUCCGCCCACUACGAGUUCACAUUGUCUGCGCUGCAACAGCGAGGGUUGCAUUAAGUGCCCCGCCUAUCUGAUGACCGACACACGUCAGUGUGUGGAGCAAUGUCCUUCCGGCUACAUCGAUCAAUGGUCGGCGCACACCGAAUUCAUGGGACGCGUCUGCGUGUCCACCGGUUACUCGGGUCCGCUCAUGGCCGCUAUUGCAGGACUAAUAGGCGGCUUUGUGGUUUGUCUCACGCUACUAGCUGUCGCCAUGAUGUUGGUGCGACGUCGACGUAGACGUAAAUCCAUCAAACAGAAGCUGAUCAACGAGAAUACCAUGGAUCGUUCCGAUUUUCUGCGACAACUCAAUGAAAUGCGUCCGAAUGCAGAAUAUUUCCUAGCGAUGCUCAACGAUACGCGACGCCAAAUACGCAAGUUGUAUUUGUCGGGUGAGGUGGGCGCAGCGAAUUCCUAUCGACCGAUAGUACGCGAUCUUGCCAAAAUACUGAUACUGUUGAAUCGACCAAUCGAAUUGAUACCGGCGGCACCGCACGACUGGAAUCGUUUGUACACGUGGUCCGAACAGGCAUUAGAGCGUUACAAGCCGCAAGUGGGCCAUUUAAUCGAUUUCUUUCAGCCCUCUGGUGGCGGACGCGGCAGCAGCAGCGUUGGCAUUACCGAUGACUUCGAUGCAACGUUCUUCCCACAGAAGAACAACGUCUACCGGCAGAGCAUGUUGGCGGGCUCGGGUCAGCAAAAGCUACACAUGUUCGGCUCGCUAAUCAGCUUGCAUGAAUUUGAGGAGCCGCGCCCUUCCGAUCCCUUCGGCAGCAGCUUCAACACGCUCAAAAGUGGCAAUCUGAUAUCGGAUCUCAAUGCGAGUUCGUUAUGGCUGGAAGACGAAUUCUAUAAAUUGGGCUUUCGGCCGCAGGACGAAAUCACGACUGAGUUAUAAUGUCUGCUGUGUGUUUUUUGUUUGUAUCGUUUCUCAAAUAGAAUUGUGUUAGUUUUGUUUUACUUAUUUUAUAUGGAUUAGCUAAGAUACUUUAUUUUAUAUUAUGUAAUAUAAUUUUAAUUAAAAAGUAUUAUUUUAUUUUGUUAAAACGAGUAGCUGCUUAACAUCUACAGAAUACAUUGUGUUUGCUUAAUAAACACAUACUGUUUUUUAAUCACAAAUAUUUACAAACAAUUUUUACAAAUCACUAAAUGUACAGUCGACGUCACAAGUAUGUAUACCAACACGCAAUCAUGUAAGAACGCACAAAGUUAUUGCAAAAGCAUGGAACUAUUGUCUGUUUUAUAGGAUAAUUUGUUAUAAAAUAAUAAACAGUAAUAACUGUAAAGUUGUAAUUGAAAGAAAGCACCAACGAACAAACAAAAGAAAAAAACGCCGCCCAGUUGCCGCUAAGCAGCGACUAGUGUACGCCUACACUUUGCUUCCAUGAGCUGGAAAGCCAAGCAAAACAUUCCUAGUUUAUAGAAAAUAUUUUCGAGUAGUGAUAGAUUUAUAUGUACAUAAUAAUAUAAACUGAGUUGCCUUAUUUUGCGUAUAAGUUGAAAAAUGUGAAAAUAUAAAAAUGAACUAGUCAAUAAAAAAUAUAAAAAAACGAAAA